AUGUCAAAGGCGUGCGUUCACCUCUUAAAGUCAGCCCACGCUCAAGUGGCAUCAGUAUGUGAUCCCGUCUAAUUUUAGUUGUCCCCCUAUAAAACCGUAUUCGUGUAUUUUCAGUAUAGCCCUUUUGUCGUCUGGGUGUCGGCGUGUCUUCAUCGUGUGCGCUCGCCUGUUGUGCUCGUUCGUUCGUAUGGUUACGGCCCGUCUGAAAAUGACGGUGAUUAUUGUGUACUAGCUGGACAUAAACGUCCCGAAGGAGAUCAGAUGUUUGAAUGAAAAUUGGCUGAGGAAAAACAGCGUAUUGCUCUCUCCAUCCUCCAUAUUAUUAUUUAUUCAAAGCUGUUUUAUAUUUAUGUUACUCUAAGUAGCUGGCUAUUUCCACAGUAUUCUAUGUGCGCCCUGUUGCGCUGUAACGCGUUGCCGCUUUGGAGUAUCCGUUGCGUAUGGUACAUUUAAAGAGGCUGGAAGCUAUAGGUGAACCUUUAUCAAUCUAAAGCGGGAUAGAACGGAUCACGUAGCCACAUCAAGGCCAAGGAACCACCAUGCAGGAGGCGAUCCUGCUUUUGUUGGGUCUUCUAGGAACCAGCGAUGAACAACAUCUAAUUCCCGUCGAUGUUGUCCAUAGUGAAAAGCCGCAUCAGUUUCAGCUUACUUCUGCUGCAGCAAAGGAUCCAAUGUUCAUUCAUAGAGUGAUGCAGCCGCAGAGGGCUUUGCCCGUCACUUAUUCGCAUGACCCUGAUGUGAUAACUGUGGCGGAAAGUUCCUCGAUUGAAGAUAAAUACGGCCAAGAUCCCAUUGCCGCAAAACUUGAGAAACAGGAGACUGCCGAGGUAUCAGCUAUAGGAGUUCGUAACCGACGAGAAGUCCCCACGCAGGAAUCGCAAGACAGGCCUGACUACGAUCAUAAGGAUUCCUCAUCUGGAAACGUGGAAGAUGAUGGUAGCCCAGCAGAUGGGUUCGGGUACGAUCAUAACGAUAAGGCAAAAUUAGAGGAAGAAGUGGUUAGCGCUGAGCGAGCGGUGGCCAAGUACGACAAAAUGGAAUUUGAGAAAACCGUUGGGAGUGAUGACGGAAGUUAUGGACAAAAAGGAGUCGAUGGGGUUUAUGGGAGCGAGACCGACGCUGCAUAUAAGAAUGGUCAUGAAGACAGCUACGGAGCCGUUUCGGGAGACGGCACCGAUAAAGAUAGCGGGACGAGUUCAGUGUCUGAAAAUAACUAUGCUGUAAACGCCGACGAUAAUGGUGAUCCUGGAGAUCGGGGUGAUGAACGCGAUAUGAAUGCAAGUGACAACGACCACAGAUAUGGAAAUACAGACGACAGUGGCUACGAAAGCAGCGACCGUCAUAAUCCUGCUAGUGAUAACGAUUAUGAAUCAAAAGGUAGUGACAGCGGCGGUGGUAAAGAUGAAAACGGAAAUGACACUGGGAAUAAUCCAUCAAAAAAUCCUUCCGAUACUUCUGGAAGUGAAGCGAGCGGAGACGCUGGUAAUGACGUAGGCCGCUAUGAUGCCACGACAGACGACAACUACGGUGACUUUGAAAAAAGUGACUAUAGUAACGAACGCAACAAGGGUUUCAGUGAAGCUAGAGGGGAUGGCAAUGAGAAGAAUCAGGGAUAUGAAAAUCCAGACGAAGGUCGCCGCAACUAUGGCGAAAACGACAAUUAUGCCGAAUGGAGUAGCAGUGACAAACCGGUGAACCGAGAAGAAUCGUAUUCAAGAUCGCUCGAUUUCCAUGAGAAGCCUAAACCCAAACUGAAACCGUAUCGGGAAAUUCUCGAGGAAGAGGAUCGGAAAAAUGAAGGUGCUUCGUCUGAAAGAACUGAUGAUGGCUACGACGGCAAGACCGAAGGCUUUGAUGGUAAUUACAAGGCCGAAGGGUUCAAUGGUGAUGAAGUUACUGGUGGAAGCGAUGAGGACAACGGAGGAAGCGAAGGACGUAGCGAAGCUGAUGGAAAUCAAGAGACUGCUCCCGACGGAUAUAGUGAAGCUGUUCGCACCCAUGUUGAAGCUUCCUAUAGCGAAGCUGGAGAAAUAAAUGAAGCGACUGAUCGACCAAAAAGUAACGAAGAGAAGUACGCUGCCUUAGACGGACCUGACUACGAGUCCCAGAGGGGCACUGAUUAUUAUGAUCGAAAUGAAGACAAAACUGAUGGACAGGUGUCAGCUGGAAUAGAAACCGUUCAGGAAUCGCCAACGGUCAUUAAAACGAUCAUAAUACCACGAGCGCCAUACAGAAAAGGUAGCACUUCAUAUAAGAAUGAUUCUGGUGAACCAAGUCAACUCCAAAGGAGACAAAAGAGGGAUACAACUCAGGACAGCUUGCCCACCUCGCGAGUAAAGGAGCUUAUUGCCCAACAGAAAUCAGCGAUUUACUUUACGUCAACACCGUUUCAACUAAGGGGCAACAAUGAAAGCGGAAUGAGAAUUAUGCCAUCGUCAUAUGAUGGAAUCGUUACCAGCUCUGGGGUCAUAGACGACAAUGCGCCCCAACGAAAGCAGAUUAAUUCAACAUCGAAGAGUGCCACACGGGCUGUAAACUACUCAAGUGAAGAAGGUCUCAUACCUUUUAAACAAACUGCGCUCGAAAACAGUUACCUUGCUCGAACGCGUAGGGAACUUGGGCCAGCGUCACCUGGCAUGGAUUUUGCAGAUCAACGAUUCCUCAUUGGUGGUUUCAAGCCGAUGUUUCCUGUCGACGACCCUGGUGAAGGACCAUACGAUCUAAAGGACGGCCGAGAGCCCUCGAACAGAAUGGGAGAAGCCCUUGACAUACUGCCACGAGGUGACUUCGGAAGGGGCGAUGACGAUGGUGGUGGAGAUCGCUUGAAGGCAGAGAGUAUUAGUCCUGCCACUCUUGAUCACAAUACUAAUUCACCGGCCAACUAUAACGCCCCAUACGGACCUGCGCCAGUGCCGACGCGCGCACCAUAUGCCAAUUUACCACAAAUUUUACAUUAUCCGCUGCCCGCCUUUAGAGGAAGGUUGGAACUUCGAGGAGCCUCUAGUCCUUCUAAUCCAUCAUUAUCUGAUACUUCUCUUCCGUUAUCGAGUUCUUCCCUUCAAAGCGAUAACCCCGCACUCCCGCUUUCACUGAAACAGGUCAGUCCGGCUUCCUUCUCAGACGAGCCAACAGGGACGACGGUAACUGACGUGCCGCCGAUUAGAGUCACGAUGGGUCGAAAUCGGGGUACGCGUUACAAACGUGAAUAUACGCGAAACCUCCAGAAACGGGAUAUUCACCAACAUACAUACGGGAAACACAAUAGUCGGAAGACACACAAAGCCACAACACCUAGUAGACCGGUGUAUCGCAAGCAAUUUUAUUGGGCACCUGUUGGGACCGUAACCCAACACCAGCAGUCCCAACUUGCAAAACCGCCUCGACGAGCUCGCAGAAGUACUGCUGGAGCCAAGAUUUAUAGUGUCGAGGUCUUUCAACCAAAGAAAACUUUAUUCCAUACCCAAAACGUAUCAUCAUUGAAAGUAGACAGCACGGAGCCGAAAAUGUUCUCUGAUGGCAAGAACGUACCGAAGACGAUCGCAAGAUCCAAAAGUAGUGCGUACAGAAAAAAAAAGUUUUACAGAAGUUCUGAAUCAGACGAAAAUUGCAGACUUAGUGCUGAAGAGAGUCGUAUCCAGUCAUCUGCUGUGGCUUCACCAAGAUCCAAAGUUGUUGAUUUAAAGGUAUCUGUUAGCAUGAAAUCGACUAGUACAAAAGGUUCAAGAAAACGGCCGAAUUCCGCGACCGAAUCAAUUAUUACUGCUGGUACGAGCAACGAGGGAGCAAUGUGGGGCUUACAGCUAGCUAAAAAGAAAGCCAGUGACAAAAAACAAUCUAAAAUUAUGAUUAUUAAUAAUGGAGAAGUACAAAUGAAAGCACCGCUAUUUAUUGCUGCGCCGACUCCAAAACCCGUAAAAGGUAUUUUGCAACGGCUCGGCUUUAGCCGUACUAUGCCAGCGAAGGGUUUCGAAAAACAAAUAGCUUCGGAUAUCCUUGGAAGUCUCGAAAACAAGGAGCAGAUGAUUUUCUAUCCUGACGAGACAGAGCAUAGUGCAGGGAAAGACGAAAUGCAGGAUAAACCUUACCGGAGAAAGAGACAUUCAAGGAAAAAAUACCGCACAAAUCGUUUUCAACCUACACAUCAUCGUGACGACGAUUCCAGGGAAAAAUUUAGACCAAUGUUUGACGGCAAUGGAGAGGAACCUUGGAAUCCUAUUGAGAUAACAGCUCGUACAAAACCGGUAAAAUUAUUAGUUUUGCCGUCAAGCCGCAAAGAACCGGAGAAGCAAGCCAAUGAACGACUAGAAAUCAUCUAUAAAUACCCUCGGGGCUCGCGACAGGUAUACCGUGAAUACCGACCUAGCCAUAGCAAUGGUCGCGUCAAAGAGCGAAUUGUAGUGUAUCGUAACAGUUUUAGCGAUCAUGUCGUAGCUUUUCCAGGUAAACACGAUCAAAAGCAUGACAUUAAUACAGAUAAAAUCUUCAUGAAGAGAUCCGAAGACCCCAAGAUUAAGAUUAUAGCUUUGCGAAAGGAGGAUUUAGCCCCACAGAGACCAACCAGCGAUCCUGGUCGUUUUAAUAUUUCAACACCGUACGACAUGAAAAAAGGUUUUGUCAUCUUGGGUAAACCACUUGAUGGUGGGGGUCCUAUGGGAGCAGGCCGACUUGUGCGAAAGGCGAGAUUAAAUGGACGAACAGUCGACUUGGUCAAAAAGCCCGAAUCCGGUUUUGCCGAGAUCACGGUCUCGUCAAUGAUUAGGGUUAACGGAGAUUGAAAAGCGUCUUAGAUCGACAUCAAUGUUGUCAGCAGAUUGUAUUUAGCAUAGUUAUAGAGUUAUAAGGGUAAAAAGGCCCAAAAUAUCUGUUAUAACCCCUGCGUUAAUCAACCAUUACAUUUCAAUAUAAUCGUCAUUAAUUCGCGGCGUAAUUAUAUUGCUAAUAUGCUCAAAUUAAGCCUAAGUAAAUCUGAUCAAUAUACUGACAGAGCCUUAAAAAUUAAUUUAAGAGCCGUGCGUAACCUACUGCCACUAUUCGAAUAAAACCGCGUAAAAGUUAAGCGACAAUUUUAAAUUAAGCGUACAAUAUAGAAAAGUCAGCGGGUCUGAAAGUUCCCACAGGUUUACUCACAUGGCCUUGUGAAUGUUGGCAAAGAUCAAAGUACAAAGGCAGAGGACACUAUAUGAUUAUAUGAUGAGGCAGUAUUAAAUGUUUUACGUUACCAACUAGCUUCAGCCUAGCAAAGAAGAUCUAAUAAAUAAGAUAAUCUACUCUGGUUAAUUAUGUUUGCUGUGCAAACGUCGCGUUCUGUUCAAUACUGCUUACUUUCAUCUUCAACUGUAUUUACUCACUUUAGUGUAUUAUUCAUCCUAAUAAACAAAGGUUUUAGGACUGUUUGUACGCCUUACUACUUUUAGAAGCCCAUGUUUACGUCGAAAUUUAUUGAUAACUUUGAAGAAUGACAACGCAUUCGAACUACUGCGCUGGUCGACAGGAAAAUAACAGUAGGGAGUAUUAUAUAAAACGUGUUUAAUUAACUUUUAAUUAAUAUAUUUGUGUUAGUGUCACGUUGUUCAUAAAUAAUCUGCAUUUAUAAAGUCCAUUCAGCUGUCGUCUAACAUCGACCAGAUUUGCCCACGGUUUGUCUUAGCUUCUACCCUUACUAUAACUUAACUUUUAAAAUUAGCGUCACCAACUGAAUGGCUCAUAUCACAUUAAACACGUUUCGACAGGACGCGUUCUAACAGAAUCGAUAUUAACAACUUGUCCUGCCUACUUAGUAAGAUGUAUACGAUGAGAUUCGCCUUUAUUUCUUAUACUGCGAACCUUUCUUGGAAGAAUGACCUUUCAAUAUCAAUCGCCAGCUGAAGAACUGGGAAGGUAUUUAGGCAUUGUUAGAUGAGUUGAUGGAGUGUUAGGGUAUUUAGAAAACAAGCAAAUUUUCCAUAGAGUUUUGGCAAGAAAAUAUUCAUUCGAAUAUAUUCUAGAGAAAUAAAUAUCACUUUCGAGAUGGGAUAAUACUGAUUCUCAAAAACAGUGUUACCUGUAUAUAUAAAUUAGCCCUAUUUUUUUGUAUAUUUAUGUGUAUUAUUAUUAUUACGACGGGACGAGCAUUACGCAUCUGUUGAAAUGAUACAGAGAUAAAACGAGGAUUUCUCUAAGUCUGACGAUUUUUAAGAAUAGUUUCGACUUCGAUACAAUGAUGUUUUAUUUCUAAUUAUUUUCCAAUUGUAUGCUAUUUAUUUAUUAGGCUGGCGAUGUUACUGUAUAUAUAUAUAGGAAGGUUUAGAGAACUUAGAAAACCGAAAGAGUUAAACGACGACCAUAAGUUUGAUGUCAUCCCGCGGCUGCCUAUUUACAUUACAAUGUAACUCCAUUUUCCUUUUGGUCAAUAAAUAUCGCAAAAACCUAAUUCCUAACUACACGAAAAAUUUACAACGACGAGGAAGUUAGUCAAAUAUAUUAUGAUAAUAAUAUGUUUCAUUGACAAACUUGCAACUACAAAAGCGCAUCAAUUUGUACCUGUCUCACAGGACUAGAAUCUAAAACCUUAUAGUUUUGAGAUACUAACACUCCC